AUGGCAUCAACCCAACAGCUCCUUUCUCAACACCAACAAAAGAAGUGCAUGGAUGAGUUGUUGGAUGGAUCACUCAUGAGGCUCUUGGACAUAUGUGGCAUCACAAGAGAUGCCAUUUCAACAAUCAAGGAACAUGUUAGAGAUCUUCAAUCUGCUCUUAGGAGGAGAAAGGGAGACUCAAGCCUUGAAAGCAGCAUUUCCAAGUACACUUGCUUCAGAAAGAAGAUGAACAAGGAUGCCAAGAAAUUGAUCACAUCUUUGAAACAAGUAGACAAUAAAAUUGCAACAUCGCCACUUCUUGAGCAAGAUCACCAUCUCACUGCCGUGAUUCGAGUUCUUAGAGAAGUUUGUGUGAAGAACAUGUCUAUCUUCCAAUCCCUCUUGGUCUUUUUAGCAGUUCCAGUUUCAAAGCCAAAGUCAAACAAGUGGUCAUUGGUACCAAAGUUCAUGCACAAAGGAGUGAUAGCAUGUGAAGAUCAGAAGGAACACAUUAAUGGCCAUGAGUUUGAUGGUGUUGAUGCUGCUCUAUGCAAUAUAUGCAAAUCAUCAACCGCUACAUUUGACUGUUCAAAUAAAAGAUUGGAGGCUUUGGAAGUAACCAUUGAAGGCCUUGAGAAUGGUUUAGAGAGCGUUUUUAGGCGCAUGAUUAAAACAAGAGCUUCUCUUUUGAACAUAAUCUCACAAUAA